AUGGGUUAUAUCACGGUAGCGAAUAUCACCCGAACCCAGCUGGAAAAGUCUAGCUUCGCAAUUGCUGGAGCGAUCUCCGACCUGACCCAUCGACCAUCGGAUCUACCUUUGAACCUCGACGUAUUUGCUCAUUUCUUCGCAGUCAACGACGGAAGAACAUCGAUUGGCGAUGUGUACUAUGCAAACUUUCUAGCGUCACGCAAUAUCUCAUCCACCCCAGAAGCCGCUCCGACCGAAGGCACCACGGUGAUCAACAUACCCAACCCAGGUACCACUACCACCCAUCCACUUGUGGAUGGUACAGAGAAUCUCCUUCAGAUAGCCGCCGCAGAAAAUACGGUCGAUGUUGAAGAAAGCGCAGACAUUCUCGCUGAGCGUAUAUCAGCGCCGAGUUGCGCCGAAGCUACCCACGCCGACCUGGAAAAUGUCCUGAACUAUACAGGUUCCCUCGAAUCCAAUGAUUCCGCCGUGGAAGAUGGCCUUGAUGGUACAGAUGAAGGUGAAACCGGUGCUGAUGACCUGGAAUGGGGAAGAUAUAUCCAUUUACACGAAGUGUUUGCAAGUGCCAAUCCAAAAUCCGACAUCUAUCACCGUUUAUGCCUCUUAGAAGUUGAAACAUUUGAGAUGGCCAAAGAAAUUGGAGACAAUCAACGAACACAACAUCAUAUAGAAGAUGGACAAAUUACUAUGCUGGUAUUUGAAAUCUCCCAGCGGCACAGGGACUGUACGGACAAAGUGGUCGACUUUUUUCUCUGCUGA